AUGAAGGCCACUACUUUGUUCGGCAUCUCCACUGCCAUCACUGGAGCUCUCGCCACCACUGGCUACCCUUCGGUCACCUCUUCGGUUGUCUACAGCGCCAAUUGCACCGGCACUCCUGAGAUUGAGGUUCCCGACGACUUCAACAUCACCAAAGAGGAAGUCAACUCCGUCCUCCACGCUGGCGACAAGCUCUAUGUCAGCCUCGGUGACACUGAGCACUGUGUCAACGCCACCUUCGACACAGAGCUUCGCCUAUUCUACGACGCAUGUUACCCCGUUGACCAAGACGACUUCAAGAGCUUGCGUUCCAGAUUCGCCAUGAAUUUUGCCUCCAGGUCGGCUGAGGAGCGCUGUGUUCUCGCUGCCUUUGAGAACAACGCCUGUUCCGAGGAUGGCACCAUCAUCGCCGACCUCGAGGAGACUGACGAUGCUCAGUGCGCCUUCGAGCAUGGUCUUGAGAACGGCCCCUUCGGAUCGUUCAAGUUUGUCUGUGGAGUCAAGAUCGACGACGACUGGUCUGACCUCUCCGACAACGAACACGACAUCAUCUCCGCAAGAGCUGUCGACACUGACGCCGUCCGUGACCACGUCCGCGUCUUCCCUGCCGAUGGCGCCAACUGUAACAACGCUCUGGACCGUGACUCCGACAGACAGGUGUACAACGACUGCCACACCUUCGCAAAGCCUUUCUUCUCCAUCAGAGCUCAGAUCACCCGUGGCAAGGGCAAGUCCAAGCUCGAUGGUUCUCAGCCAUGCUCUGUUCUCGUCUUCAGCGAUGAGAAGUGCCACAAGAACGGUGCUGAAGUCAUCCACCUCGACAACACUCACGAGCUUGGCGUCUGCCACAGCGUUUCUCUUCACCACAAGGACGACAACACUGCCAUCGCCGGUCACUCGUGGAAGUGGGUUUGCGGUCAGGACAUCGCUGGAUGCCUCCGCGACACUCAGUCCACCACUUCCGUCAAGGCCAUCAAGUCCACCGUCAAGACCGUCACUGCCACUUCCACUGCAAGCUUAGCUUGCUCUCUUACCACCGAGGCUGCCCACUCGACCAGCGUCAUCGCUAGCGUCGUCACCAUGAAGCCUGUCACUCACACCAUCACCAGCGUCUUCACCAAGACGCAGCUUCGCGUUCACACCAAGCUCCUCACCAGCGUUGCCACUGACGUCUCCACCAUGCGUCACACUGUCACCAAGCCGUUCAGCACCACUUACAAGGUCUGUGAUGCCGUGGCAACUUCUCGUUCUUAA